GAAGAAGACUGAGGCCGACAAAGUAAAUAAGAUCAAAACCAACACCAACUUUCUCGCAGUUUCUCUGGAAUUUUCCUUUGGAUUUUCUAUCCAUGGCGAUGCCCCAAAUGUUGUCAGCGUUCAAGUACUCAGAUAGUCUGAGAGUGGUGGGCAUCUCAAUAUGCACGGCGAUAGUUUGCGAGGCGAUCUCAUGGCUUCUAAUCUACCGCACAAACUCAUACAAGUCCCUCCGAUCGUCCAUCGACAAGGCAGCCAAGAAGCUCGAGACCAUGAAGACCGACACCGCCAAGAUCACCAAGAAAUCCAAAACCAAGAAGAUCGACCGCGUCGAGACCAGCCUCAAGGAAUCCAGCCGCGACCUAUCGCUCUUCAAGUUCAAGUCGGGCGCUGUGGUGGCUCUUGUGCUUUUCGUCGUCUUCGGUUUGCUUAACUCUCUCUUUGAAGGCAAGGUGGUUGCGAAAUUGCCCUUUAAACCCUUUGGGUUGUUGAUGAAGAUGAGCCACAGAGGGUUGCAAGGGGACGAUUCGACUGAUUGUUCCAUGGCGUUUUUGUACUUCCUCUGCUCCAUUAGUAUUCGGACCAAUUUGCAGAAGUUUUUGGGAUUCUCGCCGCCCAGAGGUGCUAGUGCAGGGUUGUUCCCUAUGCCUGAUCCCAAGACGAAUUGAUCCGGUUCACGCACUUCCCCUUUGUUCUAUUUUAGGCUUUUUAUUUUUAUUUUUUUAUUUUUAGAAUUUCAAUUAUGAAUAUUAGUUUUCAGACCAUAAGAGGAACUGGGUUUGUUCUAAUUUUGAGAUUUUAUGAGUUUAUAAUUGUUUUUUUAAAUUCUGGAUGGAGAAGUAGGCCGACUUUGAUUUGAUAUGGAAUCCGUGGAUAAAACUAAUCAUUGGCUUUCCAAAAAUGGGAAGAAUUUGACAAUUUUCGAGUCA